CCUCCCUCCACUCUGGGAACACCAGCUCACACACCACUGAUCUCAGCAACCACACCGAGCUCUCUGAAGUCACCAAAGAGAUGGGAGUAAAUUAUCCCGAGGAAGACACCAGAUUAUGUAUUGCAUUGAACUGCUGUUGCUAAGUUAACAAAUUUCACGUCACAUGCCGGAGAUAAUAAACCUGAUUCUGAUUCUGAUUCCAAAUACAAAAAAAACAAUAAAAUCAAUGGAAGACCUCACCCAAUGAAAGAAAUACAACUAAGGCUUCCUCCAAACAUCCUGGAGCUGAUCGAGAAGUUCAAUGUGUCCAAAGCUUGCUUCUUGCCACCUCCGAGAUCCUUCAACCUCAUAAUGGAGCUGACCUGGCUGGAUAUUGGUGUCUUCGGGAUGCUGACCCUAAUCACCGUCCUCUCCAUCCUCAUCUACCUGGAGAACGCCUGCUACCUCCUGUCGAAAGUCAAGUGUCCCAUUAAGAAGAAGACGCUGAUGUGGAACAGUGCGUCACCAACCGUCUUCACUAUCACAUCCUGCCUCGGUCUCUGGGUCCCACGCGCUGUGAUGUUUGUGGACAUGGUAGCAGCUACGUACUUUGCCGUCUGCUAUUACCUGCUGCUGUUGGUCAUCGUGCAGGGCUACGGUGGGGAGGACGCGAUGCUGGAGCGCCUCGCGACGGACUGCGUCAGGAUCAGCACGGGUCCUUGCUGCUGUUGCUGCCCCUGUCUCCCCCGCGUCCGGGUGACCAGAAAGAAUUUUAGGCUGUUUGUGCUGGGAACUUUCCAGGUGGCAUUCCUGCGACCUGCCCUGUUCUUCCUGGGGGUAGUCUUGUGGACAAAUGGCCUCUAUGACCCAGAUGAUUGGUCGUCCUCCAGCAUCUUCCUGUGGAUAAACCUUUUCCUGGGAGGCUCCACCAUCGUGGGGCUGUGGCCUAUCUCUGUCCUGUUCCGACAUUCCAAGCUCCUCCAGGCUGACCAGAACCUGGCGUGCAAGUUUGGGCUGUUCCAGGUGACUCUCAUCCUGACGUCGCUGCAGAAUUCCAUCAUCGGAACGCUGGCUGGGGCCGGACACAUUGGCUGUGCUCCGCCCUACUCCGCCAGGACCAGAGGCCAACUCAUUAACAACCAGCUGCUAAUUCUAGAGAUGUUCUUUGUCGGUGUCCUCACACGGAAGUUCUACCGGAAGAGCGACGAUCGCCCAGGUUACAGGCCUGUGGGUGAAACUCAACAGGGAGACAAGAUGACUGAUACAGAAUGUGAACCAGGGUCCUCUACGGACCAACAGGACGGUCACUCUGCAGUUUUCAAUAUGUAAACAAUAACUACUUGAAGUAAAAUGUGAGAUUUUACAUGAAAAUGCCU